AUGGAUAUCAGUGACAUUUCUGCUUCCCAAUUGGCGACAAGUCCACCACCGAUAACAACCAUCGAUUUCAACUCAUCCAUCGAAGAGUCGCCGGCGAAAAGAGUGAAAUUCGCUCCAGAACUCACCAAAUCAUUCGAAGAAACACUCAGCCCGACGGUCACACUUGUUCUUCGCAAUAAUGAAGAAACUUUCGAUCGAUGCCUUCUAUCAUUCUACUCCAACUAUUUCCGUGUGCUCUUCUCCUCCAAAUUCAGAGAUUCAAAGUCAACAACUCACAGGAUUCGUCUGAUCUCUGCGCCAGAUCUUCAUUUGUUACUCACCAUCCCAAAGGCUUUUGAACAAGGAAUAAAACCCAACAUUUCCUUGCAAAAAGCUGUGGAGCUUCUUGAACCAUCGGCUUUUCUCCAAAUGAGCAUUCCACUUGAUUAUAUCACCGACGUCAUUUGUGCAAAUUUGACACAUGAGAAUAUAAUCAAAAUCUUCCGCCUCGCUCUAUUAUACCACACGACGCUAGCUGUUCGAGUCUGGCGAGCCAUGGUCAGGAAAUUCCAAACGCUAUUCGCCACAAAUGUCUAUUUGACGCUGAAAGAGAACGAGUUAAUUGGACUACUCACUGAUAAACAUUUGAACUUGAAGAGUGCAGAUGAGAAAACUGUUGUUGUCAACUGGAUCAAGCACAACUCUCCACUUCAGUCAGAUCGUAUGGCCCAGUUUGCUCAACGAAAUUUCUCCAGGCAGCCUCAGCCAGAUGCCACGAAGUAUGAAGUAAUUCGUACUCGACAGCCAAUGGAUGCAAUCGUCUGCUUUGGUGGAUGGGCAAGUCGUGGUGUUGCUCAAAAUAUUGAAGUGUUUAAUACGAGAAGUGACCGUUGGCAAACGUGUAACUUCAACUACGAUAUACCGAACAUUCGCCGAGCAUACCAUGGCAUUGAAGUCGUUGAGGACAAGCUGAUUGUGUACGGUGGAUUCAACGGCACUCAGCAGUUUCAGACAACGGUUCUCUUUGAUUUGUCAACUAAAGAAUGGAGGAGCGGGGCGAAUAUGAAUGAUAAGAGGUGCUAUGUCACGUCAGCAAGGAUCAACGAUUCGCACGGAAGGCCUCUGAUCUUCGCUUGUGGAGGAAUGAAUGGAGUUUCUCGACUGAAGACUGCCGAAAUGUACGACUACCGUGCAGAUCAAUGGUCAGAGGUUGCUAAUAUGGCGCAAAUGCGAUCCGACGGAGCCGUGGUGACGAUUGACAACAAGAUAGUUGUCAUUGGAGGAUUUGACGGACGGAAUAUUCAUCAAGGAGGAGAAGUUUAUGACCCAGUUCUUGAUCUAUGGCAUCCUCUCUCAUCAAACAUGCGGACACGUCGCACGGGCUGCACAGCAGUCUCAAUAAUGAAUCAAGUUUGUAUGAUAAUUGGUGGAUUCAAUGGGAACCGUCGGCUUGAUUCUGCUGAAAUUUACGAUAUGCGGGAGGGUCUGUGGCAUCCGGUGCCAUCAUUGCACACUGCUAGAUCCAACUUUUCCGCGUGCCAAAUGGAUACCUGCUCGAUUUAUGUGGCUGGUGGAUUUGAUGGUCAGGCGACGACAAAGGAAUCGGAAAGGUUGGAUUUGCGAUCGAAAAUGUGGCAGGCUCUUCCUGACAUGUCAGAAGCCAAGUCGGCUCUCCGUAUGGUUACACUGUCGGAUCAUCCAUUCCUCGACGAACUGUUCGAUAUUCCUGAUGACACUGGCAUCAUUACGACGUGGUGAUUAUCUUCUUUUUCUUCUUCAUCUGCCCCUGAAAACAAUUCACUUUCUAAAUCGAUGACAACGACACUUUUGUAUAAAUUUCAAUCAAUCGAUAUAACACCUACACCCAUCCCAAUCGAACGCGUUGACUGAUGUAUUUCAAUGAAUGAUUUGAUUUUC